AUGAAGAUGUUAGAUGCUUGGGAUAUCUUAUUGUCAAAACUUGAAGAUUUUUCAGUUCGUGGUAUAAAGUUCUAUACACCUUCUCCAAACUUCUAUUCUAUCUUCACUGGAUAUAAAUACGAACAAGUAGAAUGGAAGGAAGAUGUUAUAGAAGCUUGGUUAGACCAUGUCAAAGAAAUUAUAUGCAAUGGAAACGAAAGAGUCUAUGAGUAUAUCUUAUGUUGGUUUGCAAACAUCUUACAACAUCCAAGUGCUAAAAAUGAAACUGCUCUCAUCAUAAUUGGAAAACAAGGAACAGGUAAGAACACUUUCUUUACAGAUAUCUUAUGCAAACUGUUAGAAGGCUAUUCGAACCCGAAUAUGACAAACUUAGAAAACAUCUGUGGCAAGUUUAACUCCUCAAUAGAGAAUAUGAAACUUAUAGUAUGUAACGAACUUCAAAGUAUAGAUACAACAAAAGUUUUGAACUCAGAUGCUUUGAAGAGUCUUAUAACAGACAAAGUUGGAGUUGUUGAAAGAAAGUAUAGAGACCAAAGAGUUUGUGAAAAUGUUGCAAACUUCGUCAUGGUUUCAAACAACGCCGUUCCGAUGAAGUUAGAAAGUUCUGACAGAAGAUAUGUAGUUGUCAGAACGUCAGAAGCUCAUAUGCAAGAUACAGAAUAUUUUGACGACUUAGCAGAAACUUUGACACCUAACUUUUACAACCACUUGUUCUCAUAUUUCAUGACAUUAGAUAUUUCAAAGUUCAAUCCAAGACAAAUUCCACAUACCGAAGAGAGACAAACAUUGUUAGAAGCAAACAAGAGUGUAUAUGAACUGUUCAUAGAUGAAACUGACUUUGAGUGUUUAGAUGAAAGGUCUUUGUACGACUCGUAUAAACAAUAUUGUCAAGAGUAUGGUUAUAUGACAGCGUCUAAACGAACAUUCUUGGCAAAUGUCAAAAAUCUUUUAGAUGUUCGGAAUGGCAAAUAUAGAAAGAAAUAA